GACUAUUCGCGCAGCAGAUGAAAUAAAAGCACACAGGGAUGUGUUUGUGACAGUAAUCUGAGCCAGGACGAGUCCAUAAUGGGUGACAGCAGCUGCAGCAACGGUGUACAGAAGAAAAUGUCAGACCCUCAGCUCUUCGAUGCAGAGUUUGAAAAGCUUGUGUGUGAACUUACAGAGCAGGACUUCACUGAUCCUGUUCUCAGUGAUGCCCUCAACAGACUCCGAGAGGUUCUUCAGUACAAUGCCCCUGGAGGCAAGAGAAACCGAGGCCUGUCUGUGAUUGGUUCAUUACGGGAGCUGGUGUCUCCAUCUGAGCUGCCAACUGAGGAAGUUCAUCGAGCUCUUUUGGUUGGAUGGUGCAUUGAACUGCUUCAAGCUUUUUUCUUGGUGGCUGAUGACAUCAUGGAUUCAUCUGUGACAAGAAGAGGUCAACCCUGCUGGUAUAAGAAGGAAGCUAUUGGUCUGGAUGCUAUUAAUGAUGCUUUCCUUCUGGAGGGCUCGAUUUACCGUCUUCUUCGCAGACAUUGCAGAGGACAACCCUACUAUGUCCAUCUGCUUGAACUAUUUACAGAGACAUCUUUCCAGACCGAGUUGGGUCAAGCUCUUGAUCUGAUGACAGCACCUCCACAUAAAAUAGACCUUAAUCGCUUUACCAUGGAGAGAUACAAAGCCAUUGUCAAGUAUAAGACUGCAUUCUACUCCUUUUAUCUUCCCGUAGCAGCUGCUAUGUACAUGGCUGGCAUUGAGAAUGAGAUUGAACACCACAAUGCUAAAACAAUUCUACUCGAGAUGGGAGAGUUCUUUCAGAUACAGGAUGACUACCUGGAUUGCUUUGGUGACCCUGCUGUGACUGGAAAGAUUGGCACAGAUAUCCAGGACAAUAAAUGCAGCUGGCUGGUGGUGACAGCACUGGGCAUCAUGACACCCGAACAGAGGGCUGAGCUAGAGGCAUGUUACGGCCGCAGUGAAGCUGAAAGUGUUGAAAGGGUCAAGGCUUUGUAUGAUACUCUGGAAAUGCCCAUGCGAUAUCAUCAACACGAGGAGGAGAGCUAUCACCGCCUGCAAAAACUGAUCCAGCUUCAUGCUAAGAAUCUGCCUCAUGCUGUUUUUCUUAAUUUUGCCAAGAAAAUAUACAAGAGGAACAAAUGAGCUGCAAGAAACCGUAAGGACUUGAUCAAUGAAACCGGGUAUUUUAGAUACAUAGACUAGGGUCAACAAAAUAUGCAGUGGGGGGUUUUAAUAGGUAAAUAAAUAUGGAUGUGAUAGAUUUUAACCGCACUUUAAAUAUACUUUCAAGAAGUCAAGAACGUGGUCGUGUCAUUUAUUUGUGUUUUUCCUCUUUUAGUGCAGCAAAAAUACAAUAAAGUCGGAUUUACUGUAGGUAUGAUGCAGUUUACCACAAGUAACGUCCAUGGACAACACAUCAUUUGUCAGUGUUUUAAUAGGGGUACAUGUGUAUGGAAAAUAUAUUUUGAUUGACUGCUGUAUUGUCUUUUCAACAUCUCUGAGAGAACUAGACUAUUAAGAGAAGGGUUAGAAAAGGAUAUACAUAAUAUGUUUGAGUCUGAAAACCAACUGCUGAAAGGAUCUAGAUGCACAUAAUCAUUAAAAGGAGUUUUUAUACAAAAUAUUUGCCCACCUGGAACACGGUGGGAUUCCUGUUCAUGCCGAUUCAUUCAGAAUCCUUCUAUCUGCUUAGUUUUUUUUCGUGCGUUACACUUUACAGUAUGGCUCCAUUUGAGAAUGUUUGCUAAAUCAGUGACUUAUGAUGAACAAUAGUCAUUAUUCAUCUUUUAAUCUUUCAACUCUCAUUUGUUAAAGUUAACGAAUGCUGCAAAAAAAAAA